CCGUGAGCGGCUGACCCUGCCGCCCUACAUCUCGCGCUCAUGUACUCUGGCGCGGAGCGCCUCCCGGUAUUCUACAAAUGUUCGUUAAAACUAUUGUUGUCGUUCUAUGUAGAUCUUUUACACCAACAGAAAGAUUUUCAAUAAAGGGUGUAUACACGAUAUUAAACAUUCGAGAAAACGUGAUGUAUGUAUACCAAUAGUCAAUCUACGGAGAUGAAUUGUAGUUAAUAAACUUGAUAAAUUCAUCAUUGGUACAGAAGAGCAUUUGUCUAAUUUAUAUGAAUUUUCAUAACAAAACAUUAUAUGGAAGUCGACAAUUAAUUAGACGAAGUAGUUGUGAGCAUAUCUUGUACUAAUAUACAAAAAUUAUAAUUUUAAGCACCAUCGUAUUAUAAGAUUGUUUAUCACAUGUAAAUAUAAAAUAUCCUCAAGAAUUCAAGAGAUAAUUAUCUUCUUACUUAAGUUAAAUAGACUCCUUCAAUUUCGAGAUAAUUAAAUGGAUUAGAUGGUGUAACAUCAACUAAUAAAUGUGGUUCAAUAUCGAUCAGAUGAAAACGUUGAAAUAAUGUUGUUUGAUGAUAUUUUAUAGAUAGUGAAACGAUUCACUAUCCAUCAAUAGCAUUAUUGAAUAUGACACGUAAUGAGACAAAUCGAGUUCCUAUUAAUUUUAAAACAUUUUGA